GGCGCUGAUUUUGAACUUUGAAGAAGAGUAAACCAACUUUAUCAGGUGUGGCUCAGCCGCUCCACUUGCAAGAAGAACGUGACCGCUGGAUCUCUGGAUUUACCGUCGGCUGUUGUUACAGCAUAUGCCCCCUACAGUUUUGUAGAAGACGUUUUUAUCAAACUGCAGAAAGACACAAUGGAGUCGUCUGUUGUGGACCUGUACAACCAGUUUCAGAGUCUCCGAGCUCAAGUGGACGGUCUGAGUGAGGGCACUGAACCACAGUUUCUCCAGAUGGCAGUGAACUUCGAGGAGUGCCGUAAGAAGUGGUUAAAGGCAGGCGAUGAUCUGGUUUCCUGUAAAGAGAUGCUGGCUAAAGCAGAGACGGAGAGAGGAGCCCUGGAGGUCAAACUAAAGCAUGCUCGUAACCAGGUGGAUGUGGAGAUCCGCCGGCGACAGAAGGCAGAGGCAGUCUAUGAGAAACUGGAACGUCAGUUAGAGCUGAUCCGGGAGCUGCUGAUUUCAGAGAGCAAUGGUCACAGUGUACACCUUAGUGAGGAGCAGCGUUCUGCCCUGGCUUUCCUUAGUGCCCACUCCCAGACAGCACAGGCUGCUAAAGGCAACUUAAACUCCAGUCGAAGGCUAACCACUAUCGAUGAAUCAACUUCAUUGCUGUCAGACAUCAGCUUUGACCAAACAGACGACUCUCUGGACUGGGAUAAUUCUGCAAUGAAGACAGUAAGGCUGCGAAAACGCCAAAAACGACGUUCCUCCAGAAAACUCUCUGAAGUUCCUCCACAAGUCAUGAAGAAACCUCGCUCCACUGGGCGCACAUCAGAAAGGAUGAACGAGUCAAUCGUGGCUAAAACUACAAUCACAAUGCCUGUGAAUGGUGGUGCUGUUGAAGCUGUCUCCACCAUUGAAACGGUUCCUUACUGGACGCGGAGCAGAAAGCGAAGUGGCACUUCAGCUUGGGCUGAUACAACCAGUACUGACCAAUCUGAGGCUGUCAUUGAAGCUCCCAGCACACCAGUUGCAGAUUUCUCAGCCCAGCCACAAACUCCCAAACCUAAAGGGGGAAAGAAGCACCGCUUUGUCUCAAAAACUGUGAUCAAGUCUGAAUUCUGUUUGCCAUGUGGAAGAAGAACAAAGUUUGGCAAGCUGUACCUUCGCUGCCAGGAUUGCAGGGUUGUGGCUCAUCCAGAGUGUCGUGAGCGCUGUCCUCUGCCCUGUAGCCCCACGGUCCUUAGCACUCCAAUGAAGAACACAGAGGCCACCCUGGCGGACUUUGCCCCAGCAACUUCCCCCAAGAUCCCAGCUCUGGUUAUCUACUGCAUUAAAGAGAUCGAGCAAAGGGGCCUACAUGAGGUUGGUCUGUACAGGGUCUCUGGCCAGGAGCGCAUGGUGAAAGAACUUAAGGAGAAAUUGGUCAGAGGAAAGACCCUGCCUCCACUUAACAAAGUGGAAGAUAUCAAUGUGAUUACAGGUGUCCUCAAGGACUUCCUCAGAAACCUGCCAGAGCCACUGCUCACCUUCCACCUCAACAAGGCUUUUAUGGAAGCAGCUGAAAUUCAAGAUGAUGACAACAGUCUGGCUAUGUUGUACAAGACUGUCGCUGAGCUGCCUGAACCCAACAGAGACACUCUAGCCUGCCUGAUGAUUCAUCUGCAGAAAGUGUCUCAGAGUGUGGAUACCAAGAUGGAUGUGAACAACCUGGCCAGGGUUUUUGGCCCAACCCUAGUUGGUCAUGCUGUUCCUGACCCAGACCCAAUGACAAUUCUUCAUGACACCAACAGACAGCCAAGGAUUAUAGAGCGCUUGCUCAGUAUCCCAGCAAGCCAUUGGAGCCAGUAUGCCUUUCCAGACAUUAUAGCCAUGGACAGUAGUCACCUCAUUGUAACUCCAGACCGCAAAGGUAAAGAACUGAAUGUAAGCCUGCUGGGACCAGUAACGACACCAGAGCACCAGAUGAUGGCUAAAACACCUUCCUCCAGCUCACUGUCCCAGCGUAUGAUGCAGAGCCUGUCCAACUCCACCAUAUUUGGGAGCAAGAGCAAAGCUUCAGCCGCCUCUCAUCGCCAGGGCAACUUCUUUGCUUCUCCACAGCUGAAGUAGUGAUGGAGGAGAAGAGCAGCAGUAACUAAAUACAUAUUUUCAUAAUCCUGUGGGAAAACUACUGUGCAAUUUUAGCACAAUUUUAUUAUAGCAUUUUUAGUGAUGCAUAACUAUAUUUAACCAUAAUUUUUAAUUUGAAGAAAAAAAAAUCUAGCACAUGUUUCGUGUUGAAGUUGGUUUUAUAUCUUUGAUUACUAAUAUUAUGAACCUAAAGCGGUGGUCUCCUCAGUUUGAUGUGACAACCAGCCGAUUGUAAACCAGAUCAUUAUUUUCUAUUAACACUUGGCAUUGACAUAGUGAUAUAAGCUGCAUUGAGAUUGGUGUUUGGUCAUCCUUUAAACCUGUGGUUGUAACCACAGCAACAGUGAUGCACAGAAAAGAAAAUGUAUUAUUGGCCAGUGUCUGUCUUUUGGCUUUGGUUGCUUUGUCAUUGUCGUGGUAACACACAUCUUGUUUUGUAUUUAUGUUGAUUGUGUUGUAAGACAAUCGUGACUUUAUACUUUAUCAAUACUGCAUGGUAAACACUGAUACUGAAUGGGAGUCAUGCUGCAUUUUGCACUGUAUCUAAGGAACCCAGGAACGCGUUUUCCUCCUGCCACUAUGCACCACCAGAGGACGCUGCUGCACCACUCUAGAUAUGUGAGCUGAACUAAUCUACUGUACAUUGUGCUCAUAACCACUCACUGUUACUGACACUCCUCAUAUCACAUAGUUAAUCAAUAGUUAGAUAUACUGUAAGCUAUUUUUCUACCUUACUUCAUCAAGCCAGAUAUCUGGGACCUAUCUGUGUGGCCAUUACCAAAGAAAACCUGAAGCUUCUUUAUUUUUGUAUGUGAAAGCUGUUUUUUCAUGCACAGUCAUUGUUUUAAGCAUCUGUCUGCACUGUAGUGUACCUCUAAUGUGCCAUUUUUUUUUCCUGCUGCUCACUGACACUUUGUCAAACUCUAGCUUUUAUUGUGAUGUAGUUGCUGCUGAUGGACAGUAUUUUAUUAAAGCCAAAUCUAUCUUAAAUGUGCAUUAUGUUAGGUUGUUAAGUCACACCUUCUGGUUUGUACUUAUACUAAUAUUCCAUUCUAAACAUUUAUUCUAUCGCGUUCUGUAAAGAAAUACUGUGUAACUGCUUUAGCUCCUGUGGACUGAUUAUAUUUUCUCAGCGCACAUAAGAUCACACUGAAGUCCAUGAUUAGGCUAAAAAUAAAACCUCAAAGUGUU